AUUCUCACUGUGGUCACUUGGAAAUUAUAUGAGUAAUUGCCAAGAAAUACGGUUGUGUAUUAUAAUGAGUAGGGGCCAAGGUGGGUUCUUUGCUUUUGGUCAAUUACGUGGAGUGGUGGGCAAGAAGAAAAUGUCGCAAUCAGCAAGAAAGUCUUGUGCUUGUGAGUUGUGGCCGCCUUGGCUGACCAAUUACCAGAGCAAGGGCAACACUGGGCAUGUUGUAUGUUUUUCUUUGCUGUUUUCCUUGUCUGUUGAAAAAGACACUUUUUUUUCUUUACAUUCUGUGCAAAGGAAUUGGUUCAAUGUUGGAGAAAUGGGUAAAUAACAAUUUUUUAUUAUUAUAUUCAAAUCCAAGUAUCAUGUUGGAGCAACUUCUAUGGCCACAUGACAAUUUGACAUGCCGAGUUGAUGAGAUGUUUAAAAAUUAAAAGAAUAGCUUUGUAUAUGUUUGUGAUGCAAACUUGCUAGUCAAUCACUCAUAGACUUAAUCACAAAGGAAAUGGCAAACAAUUCUCUGGAAAUCACACUCCGUCCUUAUAGGCCCUCAGAUGCUGAGGACUUCUUGACGUAUGCCGGUGAUGAAAAGGUAACACAAUUCACUCGUUGGAACACAUUCACCUCUAAGGAAGAAGCACUUUCCUACAUCAAGGAUUUUUGCAUCCCUCACCCUUAUUGCAGAUCCAUCUGCAUCCAUGACCGUUCGAUCGGAUUUCUCUUCAUCAAGCCACAAGGUGGUGAUGACAAGUGUCGAGCAGAGGUGGGAUACGCGUUAGCUACUGAGUAUUGGGGACAAGGCAUAGCAACCAGAGCUGUGAAGAUGGCCAUAAGUGAUGGGUUUAAAGAGCUCACCGAUUUGGUCAGAAUGCAAGCUCUGGUUUUGGUGGAGAACAGGGCCUCCCAGAGGGUGUUGGAGAAACUUGGGUUCUACAAGGAAGGCCUCUUGAGGAAGUAUACUUUUCACAAAGGUGCAGUUCAUGAUGUUUUCAUGUAUAGUCUUCUGUUCUCUGAUUCUAUGCCUUGAAACUCACGUUUUCAUGCUAGCUAGCUUGUUGAAGCAUUUGCAGUCAGGCUUGCUUGUAUGGUAUUGAAUUACAAUUCAGAUAAUUGUCUACCUUUGUAAGUAC